AUGAUUGAUCAAAACUUCCUGGAUGUCACUUCUGCGACUCCGCCCCUCCCCCCGAACCAUGUUGAUACAACAGCAAAAUUUCGCAAUAAUUUAACUCUACAGACUGAUCAUGGAAUGCCGCUCUCGUUAAUGAGCUAUAACAGAGAAGAUACCCCCAAAACGCCACUGGAUUCAUCCCUUCUCUUAGGUUCCACAAAAACUCAAAACAACGUAGAUUCUCUUUUCGCGCCUUCGCCUUCCAAUCAUGAUUUCCUUGAUAUUGAACUUCCUGUCGAUCCCAGUACCGUUCAAGAAAUCAAGGACCUGCGUUUUAACGAGCCUAGAUGUGACACUACUAUCCGCCCAUCCUCGGGCCUGGUCACGCCGCCAGACACUAGGGUAGUUUGCAGUUCGAACGGCAGUAACCUUGGUGGACAUGACCCAUUAGCUCGUCAGGGUCUGCCAGACAAUGCUCCGGACAUAAUUGCCUCCCGACUGAGGGCUUCCCAUUCGCUCCAAGACGAUGUUGAUGGUAUAGCGGCGGACCAUCUCAAAGUUAUAAAGGAUGGUUCCGAGUCCUCCCCUCCCGCCCCUCCCGUCCUGCCCUCUAAACCCACAGCCGAAUCCAACGCUAAUCAGGGAGAAAUUUAUGACGAUGCUGAAUAUGCUGCUGCGGCUGUUGCUGCGGUGGACAGUGUCGUGUCUGCCCUCGCAGGCAACAAAACUCCAAGGGCUUCGGGUGCUCUGGAUCCAGCCCUGACAGGGACCGGUACGGAUCGCCUUUAUUCGCUAAGCCUCGCUCCGGGUCCUUCCCUAGUCAACUGCAAUUCCCGAGUCUGCAGGAAUUUCGGUGAUGCAGCGGACCCCUGCUGCAGUGAAUAUAUUACUUGUCCCAAUUGCCGCAAGGCUGUGCUGGUCAAGAUGCUUUUAAAACAAAGGAUGAUUCCCGAGGAAGCGAAGCACGUUUGUGAUAACUGCAAACGCUCAUUUGUUCGCGAGGACAAGCUUAAGCGACAUAUUAUGUCAAUUCACACCAUGGAAAAACCGCAUAUUUGUCAUAUAUGCACCAAGGCCUUUUCGCGCAAGUAA